AUGCUUACGCUCGUUGUUUUAGUGGCUUCGCUGACGCUCAGCGCGGCGGGGUCCGGUCGUGUUGCGCGGAGCUGCGGUACGUGCGAGCCCAGCGCCUGCGCCCCGCUCCCGGCCGAUGGCUGCGCUUUCGGCACCAUGCUUGACCCCUGCGGCUGCUGCGAGAUAUGCGCCGCCGGGCUGGGCGAGCUCUGCGGGGGACGCGGACUGUCCGCCCGGCGAUGCGCCCCUGGAAUGGAGUGCGUCAAAGACGAGGACGAUCCGAAGAGCAAGUUUGGCAUUUGCCUCUGCAAGAGCAACUACGAGGUGUGCGGCACCGACGGGGUCACGUACAAAACCGGCUGCCACCUCAAAACGGCCAACCAGAAAGCCCUCGACGAGAAGAAGCCUGAGAUCACGGUCCAGAAUAAAGGAAAAUGCGCCCAAGCCCCGGUCAUCGUGACGGCCCCAAAAGAGAUCUUCAACGUGACUGGCUCCCAGGUCUUUCUGAGCUGCGAGGCCAUUGGUGUCCCCACCCCCAUCCUCACCUGGAAAAAGCUCUCAAACGGUAAGGGGAAGGCCGCUCUGCUCCCAGGGGACAGAGAUAACCUGGCUGUACAGACCCGCGGGGGCCCCGAGAAACACGAGGUCACAGGAUGGGUGCUGAUCUCUCCACUGACGGAGGGGGAGGCGGGGUCGUAUGAGUGCCAUGCAGUGAACUCUAAAGGGGAGGCGUCUGCCCUGGGCAGCAUCACCGUGGUGGAGUCCCUGGAUGCCAUCCCCGCCGAGAAGGAUGAGGAAGGUGAGGAGCUGUGAGAGGUGACCCACAGUAGGUUCGAUUUGGGGAGCCCCCCCCCCGCAGGACUGGGAUCAGCACUCCCCCCUCCCCCCCCCCCCCUCCCCCCCCAGAGAAAAACUCCAAGACUGACUCCUAACACCGUGAACACCCCUCCACCCUAAAACAGGGGUCACCCGCCCUGUUCCUGGAGAUCUACUAUCCUGUAGGUCUGCCCUCUAGUCCCAACACAGCACACCUCACUCAGGAGCUGGGGAUCUCGUCCAGCUGCUAACUAGUAGAAUCAGGUGUGUGGAAUUAGUGAAAACCUACAGAGUGACCGAUCUCCAGGAACAGGGGGUUGGUUUGACCCCUGUCGUGAAAGACUCACUCGCACGGGCAUCCCUAACCUCCCGACACCCCCCUAAAACACUUCCCACGUUUCUUUCUUUCGCUCUGUCUCCUGGCCCACUUCCGGAUUGUUCUUGUGUAGCAGCUUUUGUCGUUAAGGAGAGGAGAGGAGGUCCUCCUACGUUUUCUCACGGGCUUGACUCAGGCUGUGUGUCCUUCCUCAGACGAACAGAUGAUUCUCUUCAAAAGGUCUAUUCUCGGUGGGCCUAGCGGUUCAGCAACCGCACUGUGUAAAAAAAAAAAAGAAAUCACCUUUCAAUUUUACAAUAUUAGUGUCUUUGCUGCAUUCGAAUUUCCGGUUAAGUGAACUUCAGAGAAUGUUACACUUUUGAAUUUGUAGACUACUUGUCUUCUCACGUUCACCUGCAAUUUCCAAUGUGGUAAGGGCACGAACCUUUUUAAACUACAGUGCGGACACAAAUGUGUUUUUCUUUCGCCCCGCUUUGACUGUUCACAUUCCUCUAUGUCAGAAAGACCUGAGGGAAGCUGAGCAGAAGGCAGGUGUCGUGCCCCCUCUCAAGGGGGUUAAUGAACAGCAGCUGCCCCAAGGGCGUCCACUGCACUGUACCUGACAAGCCUUCAUCAGAGGCACUCCACCAGCCUUCUGAAAGAGACAGACGCCAGCACAGCGCUGAGGGAAAAGCUGAAUACAGGAAGGACAGCCUCAAAGGGGUGGGGAAAUAUAAAACUGUAGGGCAGGGUGUUAGUGGUGGUGGGCAGUUUCUUUGUAUAAAUAAGCCGGAGCAUACGUGUGCUUUUCAUCAAACGCCACUUUAGUCCCGUUUGUUUAAAUUAUACUAAUAUGAGUUUUUUUUGUACCCGUAUUUGAAUCUGGUGCUGUACUGUAGUGUCUUAGGGAACAGGGCCCGGGGGAGAGGGGUUGUGCCUAGAAUAGAGGGCUGUGACACCUUAAACCAAACUGCUGACUGGGAACAUCAGAUUGCUUUGUACUUACAUCUGAGGCAGGAGGUGAUUACGUGCGCUUUCUAUUCGGUGCCCUUGGGGGAGACGUGACAACCACCCGUUCUGAGUGAAGAAAAGAAGGCAGACGGGGUGUGUGCGCACAGCCCCUCAGAUUCUGUACAGAGACGGAACAACCCCUCGACACCGUGAAAAAAGCUCUCGUUCUCUGUGUACUUGUAACUAACUAACUUUGGAUUAUGGAUUACUAAUACAGGUUGUUUAUCGUAUGUAUCGCUUAUUUUUUAUUUACCUUUCUCUAAAUAAAGAAAUACACAAUUUGUGGA